GCGAGGCAUGCCGGCACCUCGCCCCUCUGUCCUCUCUUGAGGAGCUGCCUGGCGGAAAAGGGAACGCCGCAGCCAGCCGUAAAGGCGCACGGCAUCCUGGGACAUGUAGUCUGGCCAGUGCUCGGACGCCCCCUCGGAUGAAUGGGACCGAGGCUGACUGCGAACUACAGCUCCUUGGUGGCAACGUCGGUGUUGGCCGCGAGGGAAGGGGAGACCUCGGCGGCCCCCAUUGAGAGCGGCUCUUCGGGACGGUGCGAUGUGCUGCGCUGCGGCGAGGCAAGAGGCCGGCUUCCUGGGGUAGCGUUAUAGGCGGGCGCUUUCUCUGCGCGCUCGCUCCCCAAGCCCUGCACCGGCCAUGCGCCCGGCCUUGGCGGUGGGCCUGGUGUUCGCAGGCUGCUGCAGUAACGUCAUCUUCCUAGAGCUCCUGGCCCGGAAGCAUCCAGGAUGUGGGAACAUUGUGACGUUUGCACAGUUUUUUUUUAUUGCUGUGGAAGGUUUCCUCUUUGAAGCUGAUUUGGGAAGGAAGCCACCUGCUAUCCCUAUAAGGUACUAUGCCAUAAUGGUAACCAUGUUCUUCACUGUGAGUGUGGUGAACAACUAUGCCCUGAAUCUCAACAUUGCCAUGCCCCUGCAUAUGAUAUUUAGAUCGGGUUCUCUAAUUGCCAACAUGAUUCUAGGAAUUAUCAUUUUGAAGAAAAGAUACAGUAUAUUCAAAUAUACCUCCAUCGCGCUGGUGUCUGUGGGGAUAUUUAUUUGCACUUUUAUGUCAGCAAAGCAGGUGACUUCCCAGUCCAGCUUGAGUGAGAAUGAUGGAUUCCAGGCAUUUGUGUGGUGGUUACUAGGUAUUGGGGCACUGACUUUUGCUCUUCUAAUGUCAGCAAGGAUGGGUAUAUUCCAAGAGACUCUCUACAAACGAUUUGGGAAACACUCCAAGGAGGCUUUGUUUUAUAAUCACGCCCUUCCACUUCCUGGUUUCGUCUUCUUGGCCUCUGAUAUUUAUGACCAUGCAAUUCUAUUCAAUAAGUCUGAGUUAUAUGAAGUUCCAGUCAUCGGAGUGACCCUGCCCAUCAUGUGGUUCUACCUCCUCAUGAACAUCAUCACUCAGUAUGUGUGCAUCCGGGGUGUGUUCAUCCUCACAACGGAGUGUGCCUCCCUCACUGUCACGCUCGUUGUGACCCUACGCAAAUUUGUGAGCCUCAUCUUUUCCAUCUUGUACUUCCGGAACCCCUUCACCCUGUGGCACUGGCUGGGCACCUCGUUUGUCUUCAUUGGGACCUUAAUGUACACAGAGGUGUGGAACAACCUAGGGACCACAAAAAGUGAGCCUCAGAAGGACAACAAGCAGAACUGAGGCCUGCCUGCAGUAUUAGAACAGUGUCGUCAUGAGGGAGGGACCCAGUGAAGGUUUGACCACCGAUUCGCUUUUGUUAAUGCCGAGCUACGCGGCCGUGCAAAAGGAAGUCUUCGGGAGGAGGGGACUUCCCACCUUGCUCGUGGCGAUACAGACCAACACGUGUAGAGUCAAUAGAAAUGCCUCAGCCUAAAGUAGAAAAAGGAACUGUUCUGGACUAUUAAAUAGCCCACACAUUUAUUUCUGUUUUGUUUACCAAAAUAUUCAGUAUUAUUCUUGUUUAUUGAAUUCUGUGUCCCCAGAACUCCUGGCUUAUUGUCCAUGGUCUUGGAAAAGAUUGUCCCUUCUAUUGCUGUCCUCAUGCAUCUCUGCCACAGCAGCCAUUGUUGUCCUGUGGCCUCAUCUCUUUUGUCUCCCAUCACCUUUCCCUUCCUCAGCAGCACCUCGCACGCAGUCAGUCAGACGCUGCAGGUACUGGGAGUGGCCAAGUAAACUGAGGCACCGGUAACAGCGGGGCUGGACUUCCUCCAGCAGGUUGGGAAGGAAAUAGAUGUUCCCAUGAGCCAAGUCCCAGUAACAUUGGAGCAAGGUUGGUGGGACUCCUCUUUCCCACAUUUUGCUUUUUUUUUUUUUUUUUUGAGACUGAGUUUCGCUCUUGUUACCCGGGCUGGAGUGCAAUGGCGCAAUCUCGGCUCACCGCAACCUCCGCCUCCUGGGUUCAGGCAAUUCUCCUGCCUCAGCCUCCUGAGUAGCUGGGAUUAUAGGCACGCGCCACCAUACCCAGCUAAUUUUCUAUAUAUUUAGUAGAGACGGGGUUUCAUCAUGUUGACCAGGAUGGUCUCGAUGUCUUGACCGCGUGAUCCACCUGCCUCGGCCUCCCAAAGUGCUGGGAUUACAGGCGUGAGCCACUGCGCCCGGCCCGCUUUUUUUUUUCCUAUGCAAAAGUCAGAUGCUUCUUCUAUACGUUGCUUUCUAAGGCAGCUGUGUAGCACAUCUCACAGCAGGCAGAGUGCUAAUAAGAAAGGCAGGUUGUUACAGACUGGGAGCCCAUGAAGCCCUUUACCUAGCUCAUCAUGGUGGUAACAGCAGGAUGGCCCAGCAGCAGCUGGCCCUAUUCAGCACCACGAGAGCCAUGGCUACCCCUGCUGGCCCAGCCAGGCACUCACAGGGCAGAAGGGCGGGUCCUGAGUGGGAGGAUAAGGUUUCACUACCAGGAGAUUCCCUUCUGCCUGAUGACUCUGAUAGAGUCACCACCAGUCAGGGGAUGCACAGACAAAGAUAUAUAGUGGGUGUGAUGUGUAAAUCAGGUCACACCUCAACUACAAUUGAAAGUUAUCUUUUUGUCCUAUAAGGUAUCUUACCAUCUCCAUGGGUAUUGCGGAUGGUUGGAUGUGCUUUAUUCUAUGUGGAAAUGUGCCUCUCUUUGCUAAUCAUUUCAAAGGUCCAAUUUUCCUCUUAUGGGACAGUCUUGAGUAGGAGGAAAGCUGUUGCUGAAAUAUGCAUAGCUUGUGUGUGCUCUUGUAUAGUCUGUGAUUGAAGGGCACUGAAGUGGCUGCACUUUCUAUCCCCUUUCUUCACUCAGCUGGGACCUUACAUACUGGUACAUGGCCCUCCAGAAGCGGCUGAACUCACUGGCCAUUUCUCUUUUUGCCUAUAGACAAAGACUUUUUUGUGUGUGGUGUGCACUUGUGUUCUUAAACUGAGAUGUGGCUCUCCAGGUCUUCUGGGCUCAUUCCAUGGUGUGUUGUGUUUAUUCUACUGUCCAGAGCUAUUCUUUGAUGGAUUUGAGCAACGGCGGUGAAGAUAAAUGUCCAAGAGCCACCAGGUCGCUUGGAGAAGAAGUCACUUAAGCUGCCUCGGGUUUUUGUUACUUAAAAUACGAAUAUUAUUUCUCCACCAAAAUCACUGAGUUUAUAGAGUCAUUUGUUGUCCUGGACAUUGACAGCUUUCAAGAGCCAGUAAUGGGCUCUUCAGAAAGAUGCUGAAUUGAUGUGAACCCAUUCAUAGGAUCAAAAGCCACUUGCUUUGAAAUAUGUGGAGUUCCUCAGAAUUGAUGGUGCUAGAAAUAUCCAAAUGUCAAAUAACCUCUUAAAAGCAACAAAAGCUACUUUUCUUAUCACUUAAUAGAAGAACCUGUCCCUAGAGGUGAUUUGAUUGCUACAUAUCUGGAGUCUCUGAACUCUUAAUAGGCUACAGCCUUACAUAACAUAAUAUCACCCAUUUUAUGUUGAUGAAAACAUAAGUUUUCAUUAUUGGGUAUGUGUUGAUGUAUGCAGACGGUACUUGGGUCAAUUAGGUUUUAGCUUCUGGUUUUAGAGCAUGUGUGUUCAUCUCAGCGUGAAUACCUCAGCCAGUUUUAUGAAUAGGAGGCUAUAUACGCGCAGAGAAUAGAUUAGAGCACUCAUACAAGAUGACCACAUAGAGAAGCAGAAACCCUGAAAUGCCCUGGGAACUGGCUUUCCUCUCUAGUAGCUGGAUUUAAGGAAAUAUGUCUAACAGACAGCAAUUAAUACUUUUUAAAACUGAUCUUAAAAAAAAAUUCCCCUUGGUUAACUAAUUUUUCAAUCCAGGGUGGACAUUUUUUCAACCUUUAUUAAAAGGGAAAAUAAACUAUUUUGUAGAAGAUCAGACUCAUACCUAACUGGAAGAGAAAUGUCAAGUAAAUGUCUCUCCUCUUUCUCUGGGUCAAGACCAUGUAAUUUUGUGCUUCAGAGAUGAGGAUGUAGUUUGUUUACAAAGAGUUUAGUCUUUAAGACAUCCAAAACUCUAUGCUAGAGCAAAGAUCAAAUAGCAAAGGACACUAGCCAGAAAAUACAGUGUAUGUGUAUGUGCACCUGCGUGCCUGCUGAACAGCUUGGCAGUGUAACAGACAAGGGAGCAGAAGGUGGUAGAUACUUGAAUUGUCUUAGCUUAAUGCCUACAUAUCUUUUGCCGAAACUCUAUUGUCAUAUUAAAAAUGUUAUCUUUUCCAUGUUUAUUAGUAAUUUAUUUUUGAUUUUUUGUUCUCUUUUUCAUCCAACUAAAACAACCAUUAAUGUACUUGAUACGUUUAUAUCAAGUUCUGAAGUAUUUAGACAAAACCCAAAUACUUGGUUUUGUUUAAGUUUUUUCCUCCUUUCCAUCCAGUUAACCACAGUGAAACGCCGCAGUAUCUUAAUUUGGUCAGUGCUACGGAGGAAGAUCAUGAAAGCUGAAUUGAUCUGUGCCAUUCCUCUGGGAAGAUGAUGUGAUGUUUUUAUAGGAUUCUAAUCAGUAUCUUACAGUCGUCUCAUGAGCGCCUUUCCUCUGUUUCACUUCUGAACUCCUUCCCCACUUCCUUCACUCCAGUUUCUUCACUGGUUUCUUCACUUGCAGUGUUUUCUGCUAAGAAAGACCUAUCAUCUUAGAUCUGUUUAUGCCUCUAUUCUUUGGGGCCUCUGGAUGUUUUUGUGGAUUUUUACAGAGUAUUUAUGUCUGCACAACAUGCAUUUUGUUAUACAUUCUUAUAAGCAUUGAUAUUGAGGGGGCACAUUUAUGAUAGUGAGAAUAUCUCGCAGAGUAUGUGAAUGUCAUAUCUGUAGAUGAGGAUGAACUUGAAGGGUUAAGGUAGAAAUGUUUGUUUAUUCUUUUGCAGCCCAAAGUGAGGCUGAGAAUCUCUCCCAUCAUUCCCUUCUCUAUAUGAGAAUCUCUACCACCAUUCCCCUCUCUAUUUAGGAAACAAUAAUUUUUUUAUUUUGCUAUGUUUACCCUUUCAUUAACUGGCUUCACUCAACUGUGCCAGAUACCUAUAGAGAGAGGAAGUAAAAAACAUUAAGUCGGAAAUAAUUGUAAACCAAUGAGUAAGCUCUGGGCUGGUGGACAUGGUCACUGGUGGACCAGUCGGCAUUGACCUCAGCAGAUGGGGAAAUGCACAUGGAGGAGAACCACGUUGAAAUCAAGAUGCUAUGUUUGUUGUAUGUUGUUUCUCUUUGCCUGGAGUGAAUAGCACUAUAAGUCAUUCCACUCUUAUUAGAUAACCAAAGCAUUUUGGUCUCAAUAGCUUUCUCCUGAAAAAUGUGAUUGAAUCUUGCCUGUGGCAGUUUACUCUUAAGGUUGAAAGAACUGUCAAUGUAGAUAAAAUCCAUUCCUUAUUAUUGAUUGGUGUGACAUUUGAAAAUAUGUCUCAACAAUAUUUGUAGGUAAAAGAACUAGUCAUAAGCCUUGAAUGUGUUCAAUAUGUACCAAGCUGGGAUUGGAGGCUGGGCCCCCCCCGGCUUUGUAGCACAUUGUCUUUUUCCAGCAACUUCCUCCUAGUAGACAUUCCAAGGAUGGAAGGGGCCAGGGAUCAUGUCUUACUCAUUUCUGUAUCGCCAGCGCCUGGGAUAGUGUCUGGCUCAUGUUACGUGAAUAAAUGAAUGCUUGCCAAGAUUUCUUCUUCCCUCAAGUUUCUGGGAAACCUGAGGGUUCCUGAUACCUGUUCCCAUUCUUCAUCAACUGGCUGGCAAGAAAGCAAAUAAGGGGAAACCUUCCUAACAUUCCAAGCAAAAGAAAGAAGAACUACUCUCAGGAGGAUGCACGCCAGCGAUUGCUCAACGUGCAGCCUGCUACCUCACUUUUGUCUCUCUGGAUUGCCUGGUGGUAGGAGGGAAGAGCAGUAUGUAGUUAGCACCUUAUGUAGUUGAUGCACAGGAAGAAAGUACAAGGAGCUCCCUAUUAGAACAUUAAAGAUUCUUCCAAGUUUUUGAAGUAGGCGGCCUGGGGUGACCAUCCCACCCUUAAUCUCCAUAGCUGGUACAGUUAGCUCUUGCGGUGGCUGAUACUGAUGCCUGGAGAUCACUGUCUGUCAGUCCGUUCUCAGUGUCACACUGAGACACCUCCCCUGAGCCUUACCUACUUACAUUGCUAACCAUCCUACCAAAAUUUGUCAAUUUUAAUCAGUGAGGCAAGUUGCAAGGGAGCCAGAGAGAGGUGAAAAAAGAAAAGCAGAAAUACUAAUACUUUCUGAGAAGGAAGUUGUAAUAAUUCCUUUGGCCCAUUGACUUACUGACUCUUGCAAUGUAUAGAAAACUCCUGGGAACCAAAGAGAGCAGUAGUGGUUUUUCCCCAGUGCAAUAAAAAUGCCUUUGUGUAUCACUUGUGAUUGCCAGUCAUUUCUGUGCCAGUUGCUUUCAUUCCAGAGAAUGGCCUCAUUCUCUGAAAAAAAGAGGAUGAUUUUAGAAGUAGGAUUUCCUAACAAACUAUGUGGCGGGGAGGGAUGGCGGGGGUUUUAUUCAUCCCAUCUGAGCUCUUCAUUCAGUAUUACCAUUAGGUUUUAAGAACAAAGAUGGGGUAGGAGGGAGUAGAAAGCAGUAGAGUACAUUCAGAACAGCUACAAGACAUUAGUGGGUAUUCAGAUUUUGAGCUGUGUAAAUAUCAAACAUCGGCUUCCAGCCUUAAGAGUUGUUUGAACAGAGAGUUAAGGAGGAAAGGGAGAUUUUGUGAAUAAAAUAUUUUGCUGAAC